AAAAAUUCAUAUAUAAUAACUAUAAUUCGAAUUAAAAAUUUUUUUUUUUUUUUUAAAAAAAAAAAAGAAAAAAAGUUAAUUUUUCCGAUUUUCCGAUUAAUCACAAAAUUAGAAAAGAUGCGAAGAUCGAUAAGAAAGUUAAAAAACAGAUGUAUAAAGUGCGGUGGAAUGUAUACAUAUGAACAAUAUAAAUGGUGUAAAACAUGUGAAAUAGGUCUAUUAAAAGAAAAUUUUAAAAAUUGGACCAGUAAAAAUGAAAAGAUUGAUAAUUUAAUUCAAAAAGUUCAAUUAAGAAUUAAUGAUCCGAAUGAUAUAAUGUUUGAAUGGGUACCAUAUGAUCAAUUUAAAAUUAAGGAAGUGGGUAAAGAUGGUCCCGCCACUGUAUAUUUAGCAAAAUGGAAGGAUGGUCCAUUACGUUGGGAUAAAAAGAAGUAUAUAAGAGAUUCGGAUAAAACCGUUGUCUUGAAAUGUUUGAACGUCUCACAUAAUGUGAAUUUAAGUGAUGAGGAUGUGGAAUAUUCAGUAAAAUGGUAUAUUGAUCUUAAGAUAUUUGGAAUAUCUCAAAAACCUGAUACGAAAGAUUAUCUUAUGGUUCUUAGUAAUAAAUAUUUUGAAGAAUAUUUCAAAGGAUAUUGUGUAAAAUGUGGUGAAAUGUAUAAGAAUACUCAACAUAAAUGGUGUAAAACUUGUUUAAUAAAAUAUUUGAAUGAAAAUUUUAAAAAUUGGACUAGUGGAAAUGAAGAUAUUGAUAAAUUGAUUCAAGAAUUUCAAUUAAAAAUCAAUGAUUAUAGAGAUAUAAUAAUUGAAUGGAUACCAUAUGAUAGGUUCGAUAAUAUUGAAGAAAUAGAAAUAGGAUUUACUUCUGUAUGUUCAGCAGUAUGGAAGGAUGGUCAAUUAAAGUAUGAUACAAAUGCAAAGAAAUAUCAAAGGAAUGGAAAUGGUAGAGUUACUUUAAAAUCCUCUCAAAAUACGUUGGACGAAUUAUUAAAUGAGGUCAAGGAUUAUUCUAUAAACAUUUACAGCAAUGCUCUUAAUAUUUAUGGAAUAUCUCAAAAUCCUAAUACUAAAGAAUAUAUUAUAGUUCUUCAAAAUAAAUAUUUUGAAAAAUAUUGUGAAAGUUGUGGGAAAACAUAUUCAAGAAUGCAUAAAUGGUGUAGAACAUGUCAAUUAGGUUAUUUAAAAAGAUAUUUUACAUGUGGUGAUGGUAAAAUUGAUGAAUUAAUUCAAGAUAUGCAAUCAAGAAUCAGUAAUCCAAAAGAUAUAAUAUUUGAAUUAAUACCAUACGAUCAAUUUGAUGAUGUAGAAAGAGAUCCCAUAGGAUACUCGGCAAUAUGGAAGGAUGGUCCAUUGGUCUAUAAUUCAGAUACAAGAAGAUAUAGUAGACUUCCAAAUGGAAAAUUCGCUUUAAAAUUAUUAGAUGGUUCAAAAGAUAUGAUUAGUGAAUUCAUUAUUAAGGUUAAAGAAUAUUCGAUAAAUAUUAGCAGCAAUAUUCUUAAAAUAUAUGGAAUAUCUAUACAUCCAGAUACAGGAGAUUAUUUACUGGUUUUUCAAGAUAAAUAUUAUGAAAAAUAUUGUGUACUGUGUAGUAAAAUGUAUUCAAAUAUGUAUAAAUGGUGUAAACCAUGUCAAAUUAAUUAUUUAAAGAAUUGUGUUAGUGGCGUGGACGAAAAAAUCGAUAAUUUCAUUCAAGAAAUGCAAUUAAAAGUCAAUAAUCCAAAAGAUUUGUUAUUUGAAUGGGUAUCACCUGAUCAAUUUUAUGAUCUUAAAGAGAUAGGAAAAGGGGGUUUUGCUACAGUAUAUUCAGCGAAAUGGGAAGAUGGUCCUUUAUCUUAUAAUGCGGAAACAAAAAAAUAUGAACGGAUACCUGAUAUGAGUUUUGCUUUAAAAUGUAUGGAUAAUUCACAAGAUAUGAUUGACGUGUUUUUAAAUAAGGUUAAAGAUUAUUCAAUUGAUUAUUUAGAUAAUAAGAUUAAAAUAUAUGGAAUAUCUCAAAAUCCGGAUACAAAUGAUUAUAUGAUGGUUCUUGGAGAUCAUUAUGGUGAAAUGUAUUGUAUAAAUUGUGAGAAACCGUAUAAAAAUGGGUAUAAAUGGUGUGAACCAUGUCAAAUGAAAUAUUUAAAAGGUGAAUUUAAAAAUUGGACCAGUGGAAAUGAAAGAAUCGAUUAUUUUAUUCAAGAAAUGCAAUCAAAGAUUGAUUGUCCAACCGAUAAUGUAUUUGAAUGGAUAUCAUUUAAUCAAUUUAGUAAUAUUAAAAAAAUAGGAAAAGAUGGGUAUACAACAGUAUAUUCAGCAGUAUGGAAAAGUGGACCACUAUGUUAUAAUUUACAUGACAAAAGAGAAUAUGCGAGAGAUUCAAAUAAAUCAGUUGCUCUAAAAUAUUUAAAUGAUUCUGAACAAUUGGUUAAUAACCUUUUUGAUAAGGUUAAAAAAUAUUCAAUAAAGAUCGAUGGUGAUUGUAUAAUACAUGGAAUAUCUCAGCAUGUAACUACAAAAGAAUAUAUUAUUGUACUUGAAAAUAAAUAUUGUGAUAGAUAUUGUAAAAUAUGUGGUAACGUAUAUAUAGAUAUAGAUUAUGGAUGGUGUAAAGAAUGUAAAGUAAUAAAUUAUACAAAUUGGAAUGGAAAUGAAAAAGUUGAUAAUUUAAUUCGAGACAUAAGAUCAGAAGCUGUUGAAUAUUUUGAUGAAGUGAAAAUAUCUGAAGUAUUUGAAUGGAUACCAUAUAAUAAUUUUGAUGAUAUAAGAGAAAUAGGAAAAGGUGGAUUUGCGUCAGUAUAUUCAGCGAUAUGGAAGGAUGGUCCAUUAUUUCAUAAAAGGAAGAAAGAUAAAUUAUCAAGAGCACCAGAUAAAAAAGUUGCAUUAAAAUGUUUAUGUAAUUCACAAUUUCUCACUGAUGAAUUUUUAAACAAGGUAUGGAUUUAUUUAUUUAUUUAUUUAAAAAAAAAUAAUAAACGGUAUAUCUUAUUAUUUGUAUUUUAAUAAUGAUUCAUUUUUUAUUAGGUUAAAAGAUACGCAAUUAAUAGUGUUGAUAAUUCCGGUAAAAUUCUUAAAGUUUAUGGAUUGACCCAAAAUCCAAAUACAAAAGAAUAUGUUUUAGUUCUUCAAUA